GGACGGAGAGACGAGUUAUAUAUUCCACCGCCCUCGCGGCACUUUGCCCGCAUCGCAAUCUCCACACAAACCAACGCUGCAGGGCUGCGCCACCAAGCAAAGGAGAGCUGCAGCUGCGCACCGUUUGCUCUUGGCACCAUCUCCUGCUCUCCGAGUCUCGGACGCGGAUGGCUGCGGUGGUGGUCGCCGUGGAGGCCGCGGUGGCGAGCGGGGCCUGCAAGGGCAGGUCGUCGUACCUGGUGAGGAGCCUCUACUGGAGGCUGCGCGCCGGGCUGCGGAGGCUGCACUCGGAGCGGGCGGGGAGGUGGCGCAGGGGCGGCAGCCGGUUCCACUACGACGCCCUCAGCUACGCCCUCAACUUCGACGACGGCCACGGCUCCGCUGACUUCGUGCGGUGACAGGCUGACCUUGCUGCGGAUCGCCUCGGGGUACUACUAGCUAGCUAACGGUGUUGGAUUUCUUAGCCAGUUUAGGCAAAAGCCAAUCGAUCAAAGGAGUGGGUCGGAGGUGCGUCGCCGUUUUCUAGCUGCUUAAUGGGCAUUUCUUUUUUCGAGUCGACGGUGUCAAACGAUGCAUCCGUUCUUGAUUCUUGUAGCUUCUGUUGCGCCGUGCUGUUUAUUAUAUAUAGCAGGUCUGGUCAUUCCAUUGUUGCA